CUCUCGGGGGCGGAGUCGGACGGCCCGAGACCGAGCUGUGGAGCUCAGCUGAGGGGAGCCUCCAGACGCCGACCCGCUCCGGCCGCCGCCUGCCAGGAGUGGUUGGAAAUGGUGCUGAGACAGUAUCCAAACUGCUGGAACAACCUCUGAUAAAGGCUCAGCAUCAGUAUGUAUGAAAGGGCAGCCAGCCUUUGUCCACACCAAAAUAUCCCCUCAACUUGUGUGUUCUGCAGGUCUUGAGUCUAAUUUUAAGAACUUAUAAAAAUGGGCAGAAUUUUCCUGGACCAUAUUGGUGGCACUCGUCUGUUCUCCUGUGCAAACUGUGAUACAAUCCUGACCAACCGCUCUGAGCUCAUAUCAACUCGCUUUACAGGGGCCACAGGAAGAGCCUUCCUUUUUAAUAAGGUGGUAAAUCUGCAAUAUAGUGAAGUUCAAGAUCGGGUCAUGCUCACUGGCCGCCACAUGGUUCGAGACGUGAGCUGCAAGAACUGCAACAGCAAACUGGGUUGGAUCUAUGAAUUUGCCACUGAAGACAGCCAGCGCUACAAGGAAGGCCGUGUUAUCCUGGAAAGAGCUUUGGUCCGAGAGAGUGAGGGAUUUGAAGAGCAUGUUCCAUCCGAUAAUUCCUGAAGAGAUGUCAGCCUCUUUUCUGGUUUUCUUCAGUGAAACUCAAAAAAUAAAAAAUAAAAUAAAAAAACAAAAAAAAUUCUACUUGUAUACACUGUCACCUUAGCAUCAGAGUUGGAUUCAUUGAACUAUGGACUGGGAAAGAUUGAGAGAGAAUUUCAGAUGGAAACUUCCUUUCUUUAGUCAUUUAACUUUUACUUUUCUCCCAACAGCUGUUUGUAGAGAAUGUUGAACAGAUGCUGUAAUUUUUUUUCUCCUUUGCAUUUACAUCUCUUAGAUCUGAGAUUGUAUCUACAGCUAACAGUGGGCUGAAAGGAAAAUAAUCUGGAUAUAUCUUUUGUUAGAGAAAUCAUUGAUUUUUAGUUCACAUAAACUGAUAUAUCAAUAGAAAAUUAUUUUAAGUCAAAAGGUGGUUUUUAAUUUACUUUCCAAUUUUUGAUCUAAGUUUUUAACUUUUUUUACCCAGUCCUUUCACCAGAUAUACUAGUUUAAGAAAAGAGAUCUGAAUUUGUGACGAGUGCAAAAGGUUCAGUGUUGGUACGGCUUGUGCUGGCCAUUGUGCCAUAUUCUUGUUGAGGUUGAUCGGUAGCACAGAGCCCAUUCUUUCUUGUCAUUCUUGACCCAGAGAUGUCACCAGUCCGCAUUUAUUUGUAUAAUCCCUUUCACCAUAUAAUUGCGAUUAGAAGCUAUUUUUGAAAUGGGGCAAAACUGCUUGGCUUUUUUUUCUUUUAACUGAUGUAACUUAUAAGCAUAGUAAUAAUCUAAAGUAAUAAUUGUCUGUUUAGUCUUGUGUUGCUUAAAAAUCAGAAGCUGUUUGUAAUGAAGGGGUUUACUAAGAAACUACUAUUGCAGUAGUGAAUGUGUGUGUUUUUUUCUUUUCAUCUCUACUAACCUCGUUAAGUAGACAAAGCUAUUGCAAAUCUUAAUUCUUGUUCAAAUGGCUUUCUUUUUUAACCCAAGACUUCGUGUUUAAAACACAGCUACGGGGAGGAGGAGGAGAAUGCUAGCAUCUGCAUUCAUGCAUACAGCAUACAACCUGCAACUUUUUUAAACAGCUUGUUUUCAAAUGCUGCUUCUGGUAUUGAAACUCUUAUCUAUUUCCAAAAUGUUGUUGCAUCUUUCUGUUGUGAUGUUACACCUUUUGUCUUUUUGACCAGCAGAACAGGCUUGCCUGGUUGUAAUUACUGACUUAAUUCCUGCUUCCUUUCUGUAGAAGUCAACUAUUUUAAGAUAUUGAAAUAUUACUUACCUCUUGGCAAAAGUGUACUCCAUUAUCUUUCUUAAGGGUGCCCAAACAUUGUGACUUGGAACCACACUGACAACUUGCUAAGAGCCCAAUGGCUGCACCUAAUUUGAAUGUUAGUUAUGUACUGUUCUUUAUCAGAAAUAAAUAUGCAUAGAUAUA